AUGGCAGAGAAAUCUCUGCUAUUCCGAGGUGGCUUGGAUGUUACUAGAGGCCAGAAAGGAACAGAGUCUGUCUACACCAAUUUCCGGGGCAAGGAGAUCAUGUUCCAUGUCUCUACAAAGCUACCCUUCACAGAGGGAGAUGCCCAGCAGCUUCAGCAGAAGCGCCACAUUGGGAACGAUAUUGUGGCCAUUGUCUUCCAGGAUGAAAAUACUCCCUUUGUCCCUGACAUGAUUGCCUCCAAUUUCCUGCAUGCCUAUGUGGUAGUGCAGCUUCAUCACCAUGCCCUUGGGGAGACUCUCUACAAGUCCUUUGCCCUGCCUGGGAGAAACCCGUCGCGCAACCGGGGCAGCCGCUUCAAUGGGAGACGCAGUAGUGCCAUUGGCAUUGAGAACAUCCAAGAGGAGAAGAGUCAGAAAACCUACAGCAACGGCUUGAGUUCUGUGAAGUCCUUCCAACAAAAGCAGGUGCGAUUCCAGCAAGUUAUCCUUAAUCACGCUGAGAGCAAAGACGUUGCUGAAAGAAUACAGGAGGUACUGGAGAGUCCAGGACCCUUCUUUGACCUCAAGUCAGAUGGUUCCUCCAGUCCCAGUUCCCCAGAAUUCCUUAACAGGAAGUGCAAAAUCCCCUCCAGCCAGACAUCCGAAUAUUGUGUGAUGCAGCCCCUGUCCCACUCCUCAUCCAAUGUGAGGAGCUGUUGCAGAAGAGUGAGUGAAAAUGGAACGUCUGAGGAGGAGGAGAUUGAGGCGGUCCCCAGAAGCAGGACACGCUGGCUCAGAGUGCAUGGUUGGCCGAUAAUGUCUGUACACCCAGCAGUACCAGCUCACCAGUAACUCGUCUGCUCCCUUCCGGCAGCGGUGCAGGCUCCAUGGAGAAGGGGAAAGGUGGCAAAGUGGAUGCUCAGCGUUACAGCCCAGUAUGUUUCCGUUUUUUCCAUGACAUUCAGGAGGCAGGG